CCAUCUUGCAGUCCGGGAAGAGGGAAGUGGUUGCUGGGUUAGACUGGGCAGGGAGCGGCGGCCUGUCACACACCGACACCGAGAGAACCUUCCCUGUCACCCCGCCGGCAGCCGCCAUGAUCCUGCUCGAGGUCAAUAACCGCAUCAUCGAGGAGACCCUCGCCCUCAAAUUCGAUAAUGCAGCGGCUGGGAACAAGCCAGAGGCAGUAGAAGUAACAUUUGCAGACUUCGAUGGAGUGCUUUACCAUAUCUCUAAUCCAAAUGGUGACAAAGCCAAGAUGAUGAUCAGUAUUUCACUAAAGUUCUACAAGGAGCUGCAGGAACAUGGCACUGAUGAGACCUUAACGAAAACCUAUGGGGAUUUCUUGGUUGAUCCUGAACCAGGUUACAAUGUGUCUUUGUUGUACAAUCUUGAGAACCUACCUCCAAACCGAGACUCCGUUGUUCACCAAGCUGGCAUGCUCAAACGCAACUGCUUUGCGUCCGUGUUCGAAAAAUAUUUCAAGUUUCAAGAAGAGGGACGAGAGGGAGAGAGGAGAGCUGUGAUCCAUUACCGUGAUGAUGAGACCAUGUACGUGGAGGCCAAGAAAGACAGAGUGACUGUUGUAUUCAGCACGGUGUUUAAAGAUGAUGAUGACGUAGUGAUUGGCAAAGUGUUCAUGCAGGAGUUUAAAGAAGGUCGGCGUGCCAGUCACACAGCGCCACAGGUACUCUUCAGUCACAGAGAGCCUCCACUGGAGUUAAAGGACACAGAUGCAGCUGUGGGUGAUAAUAUUGGAUACAUCACAUUUGUGCUCUUUCCACGCCAUACUAACCCCAAUGCACGGGACAAUACCAUCAACCUUAUCCACACAUUCCGGGAUUAUUUGCACUAUCACAUCAAGUGCUCCAAGGCUUAUAUCCAUACUCGCAUGAGGGCGAAAACCUCAGAAUUCCUUAAAGUUCUUAACCGGGCUCGCCCAGACGCUGAGAAAAAGGAAAUGAAAACUAUAACGGGAAAGACAUUUGCCACCCGCUGAUCACACGUGGGAAUGCCAAGUCAAACAAGUGAAAUGGCAUCAGUUAGCACCUGUCCCUCCCCAGCAUAAAUAGAAUCCAGGUGGAACGGUUCCAAUAUGAUCUGCAUUCUGGGGUACAAUUCAGUAAAAUGUAUUUUAAGCUGUGCUUUGCCAUGACUGAAGAAUAAUGAAACAGGCCGCUGUCAUGCCGGCUGUUACCAUUGUCCUUUCCCUGCCAUGUUUUGCUUCUGUAUUUACUUGUUUUCUUAUCAGACAAACUAAAAUCCCAAUAAACAUACCUGUGCGUAUGAAUUGAAACGUUGACCGUAAUAAUUUUGGAAUUGUUGGAAAAUAAAUAAAUCUUUCUAUCCUAA